AUGAGCAUGAUCGACGUGCUGACCCGGGUGGACGCCAUCUGCAAGAAGUGCGAGCGGUACGACGCCGACAAGCACUGCGGCGACGGCGACCCCUUCUCGCGCCUCUACGCGGCCGUCGACGCCGCCAUCGAGAAAUCGGCUCGGGCGGCGAAGGAGAAGAACCGGGCGGCGUCGGUGACCAUGAACGCCGACGUGCGGCGGACCAAGGCACGGCUCCUGGAGGAGGUGGUCAAGCUUCAGAAGAUAGCCGCCAAGAAGGUGAAAGGGCUCUCGCCGGAGGAGAAGCCGCUGCGGGCUGAUCUUGUUGCCGCACUGCCCCACAGGAUCCAGGCCAUCCCCGACACCCACGACAGCGGCGCAACGGACCAGGACGCCGCCUGGAGUGCUCGGCCGGGGAUCAAGUUCGAUGAUUCUUCAGGUUUCCUUUCCUUUUCUCUCCUUAAUGUGCAGGAUGAAGGGCUGGACUUCAUAUCUGAAGGUCUGGACACACUGAAGAAUCUGGCUGAGGACAUGAACGAGGAACUGGAUAGGCAGGUGGAUAAAGCUAAUUUGGAGAUCAGGAGGACUAAUGUCAGGCUAAAACAAACUGUCAACCAGUUUCGAUCGACUAGGAACUUCACAAUUGACAUCAUCUUGAUAUGCAUCAUUCUUGGUAUUGCAACAUACCUCUACAACAUUCUCUCCCAGUGA